UCGAACUGCUCGGUGUCUGGAGGCUGAGGAAUGCGAGAGGAGGACAAGGGCAUGCUCGGUGGUAACAGCAGCGAUGCGGGCCUGGCCAACGCCGCGGCACGGGGACAAUUGGAGAAGGUGCGGCAGCUCCUAGAAGCCGGUGCAGAUCCCAAUGGAGUCAACCGCUUCGGGAGGCGCCCGAUCCAGGUCAUGAUGAUGGGCAGCACCCACGUGGCGGAGCUGCUCUUACUCCACGGCGCAGAACCCAACUGCGCUGACCCUGCUACCCUCACCCGACCAGUGCACGACGCGGCCCGGGAGGGCUUCUUGGACACGCUGGUGGCGCUGCAUCGGGCAGGGGCGCGGCUGGAUGUGCGCGACGCCUGGGGCCGCCUUCCGGUGGACCUGGCUGAGGAGCUGGGCCACCGCGAGGUCGCAGAGUACCUGCGCGCGGCUGCUGGGGACUGAUUGCAAGUUCCCCCAGCCUCCACAAUGACUUUUUUACCCCCAGUACCCUACCCCCACCUAAUUUAAUGCAGGCUGCGUACGUGGAGCGGCACAAAGCCUGCAAGCCUUUCUCAGAAACUCCACUUCCCAGAAGAAGGAGGAGCCAACCCGGAAUAAAUUCAUAUACUUAAAAAAAAAAAAUCCGAAUCCUACCCUCGACAUUCACCGUGAAGCCAAAAGCAGAGGGGUGGGGCAAAUGGAUCGCUGAGAUUUAAGAUUAUGUGAAGUAGCUGGUGUCCUUUACGCUUCAGGAUUUUCUGAUGUAAAGUGAAUGUGAAAAUCUUGAAGGACCCCAGGUUCCUAGGAAUCUUCCAAUGGAUGACUCUGGGGUUGGAGCUGGAGGUGACAGGGAUUGGCGUUUGGGCGCAGGACAGUGGGUACUUUUGCCCCACAGACCUCGGAAGAGAUUCCUUUGAACCCUAGAUAAGGGUGGUAGACCCUAGAGGAGAAACGCCAAACCAGAAGACUGAAGACCAAAGGAGGAGGUUUGAGGUGGGUGUGAGCUGGGAACGACGAUGUAUUUUUGCACAGCAAGGCAUGUGCAAACGAAAGCUCUGGGUAUUCACGCCCAGCUCCACCAGAGACGGAGGGAGAAAAGAGGACAUGGGAGCGAUGGCAGAUCUGCCCAAAAUGUUAAAAUCCCUGGAUCAGGAUGAUGUAAAGGUGCUCUUUCUAUUAUUCCACAAAGUGCGGUUGCUGCUAUGUUCUGGAUGUGGACGGAUUAAAACGGUGCACGGAAUGAAGCGGUGGAAUGUAAAGAGAGCAACAAUAUGACUAUUUGCUUCAUCUACAUACCAGAGGAUACAGAAAUCCCCCUAUGAAUUGUCACUUUAAAAGAUUGUGAUAAUUUGUACUUUUGAGGUGUUGUAACAGUGUAUUUAACGGGAAGAAUUUAACAAAAUAACUCCUGGCUUUCAAUAAAGUGGUGAGGCAGAGCUAGCUUUUUAAUGAAGCUACAGCACUGUGACUCAGUGCCAGUUUCUAGAUUGCUUUCAUCCUUAGCCUAUUUAUUUCUUUGUUUAAAUUGUCUAAUUAUUUUCUCUAUAGUAUCUCAGGGGAAAUAUUCCAAAUGUCUUUUAGAAGAUAGAUGCACUUGUCUAGUAAAUUAUCUUGGGAUAUUUCCCAAAAAGGUAGUUGGAAAAAUAGAUUAGGAAGCUGUUGAAAAUACAUAAUGAUGGCUUGUGGGAUGGCUUCAUAUCUGCUGAUCAAACUAACAGUGCACUGCUCUGGGAUUUAAUUUCCAAUGUUGCCUGAUCAUUAUAGCAUUGGAACAACUGAUAAUUCACUGCUUUAAUAAAGAAUAAACAAAGA